AUGGCAGAGGUUGAUAAGAAUGCUUUGGAUGUUCAAAUCAAUGAUAAGAAGAUUCAAGAGGCAAAUGAGAGAGCACGUCAUGAAACAAUUGCUGGUGAAAUGAAGCAAAGUGACAAGAUCAUCUGUAUGUUAGAAGAACGACAAAAACAGGAUAUCAAAAACCUAAACAAAGCUGUCAUUGAGUUUCAACAGAAUUUUCAGAAGCCAGAAACUCGGCGUGAAUUUGAUCUAUCUGACCCACAUGCCCUGAAGAAGAGUACUCCUGCUCGCCUCUCUGACAAUGACCCUCGAUGUACUAUAUCUGGCUUGCAGAAGUUUCUAGGAGAAGAUUUAAACCAUGAUCAGAGGGUGAAAUUUCAAAAGGAGCAGUCAAGAGAAUGGUCUCUACAGCAACAGAGGGACUGGAAGAAUGCAUUAGCAGAUCAGAAAUUUGCAGAGGAUCUCCAUGACAAGAACAGGAUAGACCUAGAUCAAAAGGCCAUGGAACUACAAAGAAUAGACGUUGAAACCAGACGAGCUGUUUGUGCAGCUACCAAAGAUUUUAAUAGAAUCCAGGCUGAAGAAUGUGCAGAAAGAAAAAGAUUAGAAAAGCGUCAAGAAGAAGAAGAUAAUGUGGCUGAAAUUUCCAACCUUCUUCAAGGAGACUUGCUUUCUGAAAACCCAGAACAAGCAGCCAGUUCAUUUGGGCGACAUCGUGUGAUUACUGAUCGAUGGAAGGGAAUGAACCAGGAUCAGCUGAUGGCAAUUCGUUACAUUCAACAGCAACAAGUUCUGGAGAAACUGAGACUGCAGGAGGAAGAACGUCAAAGAAAUGCAGAGUGGGACAGGCAACGUAUUCAGACCGCUAGAGCACAACUUCUUUUUGAGCGGCAUCAACAGCGGCUAAAUCGAGAACUUCGCAAAACGCUAGACAAUACCAAUGCAGAACUCUCCCAGGAGCAGAAAUCAAGAAAAAUUUAUCUUCAGGAGGAAGUGUAUUCAAAUUUUCCAACAGGCCAGUAUUUCACACAGUUUAAUACCAUCAGCCGGUAACAUAUGAGAAACAUCCACUCACUGAAACAUAAAUGUAUGUAAGAUUUAUAGAAAUAUUAAAGUUUGAUUAACUUUCACUGCUCUUCUAUAUUUUUCCCUAAACUUCCAAUUAAGACAUUAAAAUAAACCCAUAUUUUCCUGAUGACACAUACCUGUGAGUCAAAAGCCUGAGGACUGUUAUUUCUUGUAAUUAAUGAGAAAUAUAGAGAUUGCUGCUAAUUUAAGUUUUGGAGAUAUUUUUAUAAUUAAUGUUUCUCAGGAGGGAAAGGAAAAUAACCACGAAUAACCCUGAAAUGAUUAUUUGAGUGCUAAUUUAGAAGUCACUGGACCAAACCAAUUCCUGUUAUGAUUCCAUCCUAAUGAAGAAUUUGGCCCAUUGUGGGCUAUUUAUUUAUUUAUUUUUAAUUUGUUUUUCAAAUUAUUUUGUUACUCAUUUUUACUACUUUGAAGUUUUUGACUGAAACCUUCCUUUUAGAGGUUACAGAAAUACUGAGAUUACAGUAUGACUGUCAGAUAACUUAAAGUAUAAUAAAACUUGAUCUUCAUGUGUGCUUUUCAGAGACCCUACUUUAUUUUAAAAUGCAGGAGGGAGCAAUUGCUAUUGUUGUGAACAAAGAAAAUGAAAUGUUUCUGCAUAUUUCUCCAUUUUAUAUAUAGAGAGAGGUUUCUCAGUACUCCCAGUUAAAGUUAUGUACAGUCACUAUAUCCUAUGUCCAUAGUUUUUCAACAAUAAAACACUGAGAUUGUGUUUCAAUACUUGUUGAAAGGUGAAAAA